GUUAAAGCCACAGCGUUCAGUCUUAUCUGCAGCUUUCUGCCACUGACGGCUCAUUUCAUCUUGUGUGUCUCAGCCAUGUGGACACAGCAGACAAACUUCUUCUUGUUGGCCACAGUCUCUUAUGUGUCAGCUGCUGCAGAUGGUCAGAUCAGAUUAGCUGGGUCUGGGUCGACUCGCUGCUCUGGAAGAGUUGAAAUCUAUCACCGUGGCUCCUGGGGAACAAUCUGUGAUGAUGACUGGGACUUAAAUGAUGCUGCGGUGGUCUGCAGACAGUUAAACUGUGGAACAGCACUGAGUGCCACUACAAAAGCUCACUUUGGUGAAGGAACCGGGCAAAUUUGGCUUCAUUUUGCAACCUGUUCAGGAAAUGAAAAUUCUCUCAGUGAGUGUUAUCGCAAUGGACUGCCGAAACAAAGCUGUGGACAUCAUGAGGACGCUGGGGUCAUCUGUUCAGGUCCUCAGUUGUUGCUGACAGACUGGUCUGGUCCACAGGGACCAGAUCAUGUGAUUCUGGUCCCUGUGGUGCUCCUACUGGUAAUGUUGGUGGUCUGUCUGGUUCUGUGGAGAAGACGACGAACAAGGCGAUCCAUCCAAGUCCAAGUGGCUGUCACAACCACAUAUGAGUUUGAUGGUGAGGAGAAAGAAGAGCAAGAGAUGGAUGAGAACGACUAUGUGAAUGUUGAGCCAGUGGAGACUGAAAGCAAAUGUACAGAGCAAGCAGAAGGAGUGGAAGACGAGACGACUGAUGCUCAUGAUUAUGUCGAAAUAGAGGAUCAAAAAGAAAGUAGUGAUAAUGAAAAUAACUAUGUAAAAGUAACAGAGCCGUGUGCUGAUCAAGCUGUGAACAUUUGUGGAGGACAACAGAUUUAUCAAAAUCUUUGACUUAUGUGAAAUAUUGGCUAAUUAAAAAUACAAAAUCAAAUUUAUUUCUGAGUUCCAAAACUGAAGAGGUGAGGGAAAAUGACUGCAGACACGGGAACUUGGUGGUAGAGUGAGGAAAUUUGGGAAAGUAUUCAAUUGAAGAGGAUAACAAAGGAAAAAGGGGAACUUCAGGGAGAUGAGGAAAGUAGACAGGAGUACUGAGAGGCUAGGCGUAUAGGAAAGAGAGGUGGAAAAGGAAAUGGGCUUAUAGAGAGUCGUAUGUGAGGUUGAACACAAAGGAGGGAUAAACGGACUUAUACCAAUUGGCUAGGCAGAGAGAUCGAACUGGAAAGGAUGUGCAGCAGGUUAGUGUAUUUAAGGAGUGUACUAAAGGAAGAAGAGAACAAACAAUGAACUUUGAUGAACAAUGAUCCUGAGUACUGUACUGAUAAUAACCAAGAGGAUUAUAGUAUGGGUGCUGUACACCAGCUUUAAUAAAUUCUUUGUAAAAAACUAGUAAAAAUUUAAAAUGAUCUUUUGCCUGCAGCUGAUUCUGGACUCAUCACUGUCCUCAUCCUCCUUGACCCAACAGCGUCCUGGGGCCUUUACUUUUAUUAUUAUGAGAUUCAAGAUUCAAAGAUUCAAAGUGUUUAUUGUCAUGUGUACAGAAUAAGUAGCAUUUCUCUGUGCAAUGAAAUUCUUCCUUUGCUGUCCAUACACAAAUGCCAAGUUAGGUAGGGUUGAAGGAACAAGAUAAAUAAGGUAAAAAUAGGGAUUAAAAAAUAGUGAAAGAUAAAUAAAUACAAAAAUAAGUAAAUGAAGAAAAGUGAGGUAUGCAGUUGUCAAUUUAAAUGGAUGUACAAAGGAGCUUAAUGUGGAAAAUGAACUUAGUGUGCAAAGUGUCUUAAUGUGCAAAAUGCAGUUGAGGUAGGUCAGCUGUUCAGGAGUCUGAUAGCAGUGGGGAAGGAGGAGUUGUUGAGUCGAGAUGUUCUGGAUUUCACAUUUCUAAACCUUCGUCUUGAGGGAAGAAGUGUGAACAGUCCGUGUUGAGGGUGUGUGGGGUCUCUAAGGCUCCGUCCACACUAAUGCGUUUUCUCUCCGUUUUGUAAAUGUAAAUAUACAUUUGAGCUGCAGAGAAUGGGACUGAAAGUGGAAAUGGGAUUUCUUUUGUCUUUAUUUCUGGCAGAUUCAGUCACCACUAAAGCUGACUCCAUAGCCACGGCCUCGCAGACAUCAGGCUCUUGUGGGACAUAUGAAAUGUUUAAAGUAUAAAAACAUAAGCAGAGAAAAGACAUCAGUGAAAAAAAGAGAACACGAGCCAACGUGGAGAUUUAUUGUCCUAAAAAAACUCUUAAAUAUGACAGGAUCAAACUGAAUCGCUGGUGGCCUCUCAUCCCAGAUAACUAACCUGAGAAGGCGUGGUCUUAGAGUAUUUAAACAAGCCUCUCACUUCCGGUCUUAGCGGUCUUUGAGUGCGUGGCGCUUGUGGACCGUUAAGGCUGCAGACCCUGAAUUGGGAUACAGCCAGUGACUGUGUUACUGUCAAGUGUGUGUGUGUGUGUGUGUGUGUGUGUGUGUGUGUGUGUGUGUGUGUGUGUGUGUGUGUGUGUGUGUGUGUGUGUACACAUAUUUAGACAUCUUUGUGACGAUAGAAAAUUGGCAUGUUACUAUACUUGUGGUUGUGGGGACCAACAGUCCUUAUGGGGACAAAAUGCCCGUCUUUUGAGGCUCCAAAUGUGGUUUUAGGUUCAGGGUUAGUUUGGUUAUGGCAGUGGUUCUCAAACUUUUUACACAUGGCAGGAAGAAUUAUUUUAAAAAAACAAUGACAGAAAAGCUGAGCUGCAGCUUUAUUUAGAUAAACUCAUUCACAAUAAUUCGUUUGGUAAUUUUUGUUUUGAAUAAACAACUUUCAUUUCAAGCAACUAUUUGUAACUUUUGUCACUACACUUCUACAAAAAAGCAACAAGUUAAACAGAAUGUGAAAGUUGCCAAACACAGCAAAAUAAAGUCCAGGCUUAGCCUUUGUUGGGAAGCAACAAUGUAGCAAAGUGUGCCGCAGGUUACCUCUGUAGCUGCCAUCUUGUUUUCCCAGUAAAGAGGAGGCCUGCUUCGGUUGCAGCUCUUUUAUAGGCCAGUCUGAAUUGAGAAGGCAUGGUCUUAGAGUAUUUAAAGCUGGCAGGAAGUGGAUUGGAGGCCAUUUUGAGAAGGUGUUGUCUGUAUGUGCAAGAAACAAUAAAGUACUUCAGUUAAGACAGAGUGAUGUCUGCCUCACCACACCUCUCUGCAUAACAGCCUUAUAAAAAAACAGUCAUCCAGAAACUUGUGAACAGAGAUGAAAAAUAUAUAAUUCAGUGACAGUUUAAUACUAUUUACUCUUAGCGGCUGCAGUGAGCCUGUUUUUGACCACAGAGCUGUGGUGGGGCGUGGUCUGCGGCGUGGCUGUGGGGGAGGACGCACCUGAGAGGCAUCCCCAAUCACGCCUCGCCAGCUUGUAACAGAAUGUACUUGCUCCUGUUGUUGUUUCUGAUGUGUGCCGGCUGUAGCCCAACACUUUGAGAACCACUGGGUUAGAGGUGUCCUCACCAAGAUAUGAAAAACAACUCUGUGAAAAGAUUUUGUUUAUUCUUCAAAUAUGCUUUGCUUGUGAUUGUGUAAACUCUG